AUGUCGGAGCAAUUCUCCUACUCCCGAUUAUGGGAGAGCAUUCCGAAUGCGCUACCAUGGCAGACCAAAGAUGGCGUUAAAGGCGACCCCCGAAAGACCGUCAAAUGGAUUGAUGGCCUCCGUGGAUUUGCUUCGGUUCUGGUCGUAGCUACACAUCUUGCCCGUGCAUGGGAUUACGAUUUAUUCGCUCCUCGGAGUGGUCCAGAUGUCCCACCUCGAUUACUGCAACAGCUGGUUCUGCGCAUCCCCUGGCAAGGUCGAAUUGGUGUCACCAUCUUCGCGUUUCUGACUGGAUAUGUCUGCGCGCUCAAGCCCAUGAAACAAGCGCGAGCAGGCGAUGCCAACGGUGCUUUCAUGACUGUCGCCAAAUCCGCUUUCCGCCGUCCACCUCGUCUCGUUUUCCCAGCUACAAUCGCCAUGUGCAUUUCAUGGACUCUCGCUCAGUUUGGUGCCUACACUGUUGGAAACAGAUGCGAUUCGUCAUGGACUCGUGAUGCGUCCCCAGAUCUUCGAGACACCUUGUGGGAAGAGUUCAUCCGUUUGUUCCAAAACUUUUUGGUCGCCUGGACCAACACCGAUUAUAAUGUUCACAUGGUCUAUGAUGAACAUCAGUGGGCCCUGCUACCACUGCUAAAGUGCUCCAUGCUUAUCUACAUUGUUUCAUUCGCUACGAUUCUUUGCAAAUACCGCUGGCGUCUCCUGAUUUGUGUCUUGCUGAUUGCUUACUUUCAUCAAGACCCCAAGCUCGACCGCGAAACUUUCCAGAUUCAAGCUUUGUACGGCAUGAUCCUUAGCGACCUUUCCUAUGAGCAACGAUACAAGAGUUUCAUGCAAAGCGAGACCUACCGUUGGCCACGACGUAUUAUUGCCUGGACUUUGUUUGUUGGCGGUCUGGUUGUCUGCUCCUAUCCUGGUGAACACCCCGAAUGGGCCGGCUGGUCUAACCGCAUGUUCGAAUGGGCUCCAUACCUUUUCCCUCUUGGCAGCAAUUACGGUAAACGCUGGACCGCCGUCGGCAUGGACAUGAUCAUCAUGUCGAUCUUCCUAACCAACUGGUCCAAGGAGUUCCUGUCUAGCCCCGUUCUUCUCUGGUUUGGCAAGCAAAGCUUUGCCGUCUACCUCAUUCACGGCACGCUGUUGCGUACAGUCUUGGUGUGGAUGAUUUACGGUAUCACCGGUGAACCCUGGGUCUGGACUCAAGACGCUGAAGGAAACCCCGUUCCCCCACCCUGGUUGCCUCGUCGCGCACCCUGGGUUUUCACCAUCAGCAUUCCCUGCUGGUUGGUUUUAUUAUACUCCUGCGCUCUGUUGUGGACCACCUACGUCGACCCGUUCUGUGCUCGCCUUACGCAACGCAUUGAAAAGGCAUUUUUCGAUGAUGGAGAUGAGAAGGGCCCCGAAUUGAUCCCCAUGGCCACGCGCCCAAUGCCGACUACAUAA